UGUGUGUCGACGUGUUCCAUCUUCUCCUCCUAUUGUGAAAGGUUCUGUCAUCUUCUGUGCUUGUCAUCUUUCAAGCACCUCAACGAAUUCUCGGGAGUGCAAACACCUUGUCGAUUUCCGCCAUCUCCUAUAAUAUUUCACGGAAAUGGACGACGAUACACCCACAACUCAAUUGCCAAUCGAGCAAACAAUCCGCCAGACCCUAGACCGCCGCCGCGCCCAAUCCACUCUCCGCAAUCUCCUCGUUUCCCCGGCCGGCUCUGUUGACUUCUCCUCCAACGACUUCCUCUCCCUCUCCACCUCGCCCGCUCUCCGCACUGCCUACCUGAAAGAGCUCUCCAACACCACGUGUAAGCUUGGCAGUGGUGGGUCACGGCUCCUUGACGGUAACUCAGCAUAUGCCGAGGAUCUGGAGAAAAAUAUAGCCGCGUUCCAUCGGGCGCCAUCGGGCUUGCUAUUCAACUCUGGCUUCGACGCCAACGCCGGCUUCUUUUCGUGUAUGCCGCAGCCCGGCGAUGUCAUUGUUCAUGAUGAGUUCAUCCAUGCAUCUGUGCAUGAGGGUAUGCGAUUGAGUCGGGCGGCGAAGUGUGUCCCGUUUCUGCACAACUCGGUCGACGAUCUUAAGCGGGUGCUUGAGGAGUGUACGGAAAAUGAUGGGCUGGUGGGAGAUGGCCGGCGCAAUGUGUUUGUUGCUGUUGAGGCCAUCUACAGCAUGGAUGGUGAUUUACUGCCUCUCAAAGCCAUUGUGGAAGUGGUUGAGGAACUGCUACCACGAAAGAAUGGGUAUAUCGUUGUUGACGAAGCUCAUUCGACGGGUGUGAUAGGCCCAUAUGGGCGGGGACUUGUUUGCGAGCUCGGCCUCGAGGACAAGGUCUUUGCAAGACUGCACACUUUCGGGAAAGCUCUUUCUAGUAAUGGAGCAAUCGUACUUUGCUCGCCGGUAGUCCGUCACUACCUGCUCAAUUACGCUCGGCCUCUCAUCUACACAACUUUCAUGUCCUACCCUUCCCUUGCUGGCAUCAGAGCCUCAUACAGCUUGCUCCAGCAGGGCGGCACAGAGCCACUGGCCCUACACCUGAAGUGGCUCAUCCAAGCAACAUUCGACAUGCUCCAAGACCUGGCAGCCAAAUACAACUUCAGCGACGACCCAGCUGCGCUGAUCAGAGUUCCGGCAGAAUGUCCGCAGAGUCCAAUCUUCGCAGUAAUCUCGCCGCACCCAAGAAGCCUGGCCAAGUACUGUCAAGAUGGAGGGUUUGUUGUGCGGGCUGUGGUACCUCCAACUGUACCUCAUGGUCAUUCAAGAAUUCGAGUGUGCCUCCAUUCAGGUAACACCUUUGACGAGGUUCGGAAGCUAAUUGAUAGGAUCGAUGAAUGGGUCAGAGUACAAACAGAAGGGGGCGAUUUUACUGGCGAUAUACUACCUGUAGCCUUGGAAAAGGCUCGGCUGUGAUGGGCUUAGCCGCAUGAAAGUGUCAAUAUUCUGCAUACAUAGAGCAUUUUCCUAGUUCUCUAGAUAUAAAAAGCUGGCAAAUAUGUAG